GCACAAUAUCAGUUUUGAUGAGUUCAUCUACCUGAAAUUAUUGCAUCUGAAGUUUUGAAGAAAAGCGUUCAAAUGGGAUUGGACAGAACCAGAAACUCGGUUGCAGAGGUGGUGAAAGUUUCAGUUGUAGCUCAUGGUGUUGGCGGACACUUGGGAUGAUAGUAGACGCAGGCACUUUUGUUGUUCACUAUCUGCACUGUAUUCGACGCACGAACCGGCUACGAACUGCCCGCUUUUUCGUGCAAGUGAAUGACCAAUCCCCUUAAUCCUUUCGGUAUUCUUUUGGAACAAAUGAAGUCCACGUAUAUAGGCGUAUCCCGUAGAAAGUGAGGGAGAAAGCUUACGCAACACUUGGAAUUUUAGUAGGCCGGGACCAAGUCAGAAGAACUAGAUGAAAACUGGUAUGCUGCUACGAAUUCAAUGCUUCGAAUGAUGCGGUGUUGUCGCACCUUCGAAAAUACUGUCGCAUCAGGUCUGUUUCUUGGAACAAAUCACCACCACCUUAAAACUGUUCAUUGAUUUUGGUCAACGAAGUUUUCGAAUUGCUUUUACGAUUAAAAAUGUUCGAAGGUGCUGUUCAGUGACGAGUGUGCAACCAGUCAAUCCACGCGAAAGCCAACGGAACCGACGGACAAUCCGAAGAUUCGGCAGACACAAAAUAAUACACCAUUUAGGUAGAUAGACAGAUUAUUGGCAAGUUAUGGUGAACAAAAUUAGGCCGCAAUAGAACGGUAUGUCGUUCGUUCGACGGCGGCAACAAUAUCAUUGACCUGUGGGAAUGCUUGUUCUUCCAAUUCGAUGGCAUAAGGAGUGGGAACAUCAGCACCGGUCACACGCUCCAUGGGUGCAUCCAGGUAAUUGAAGGUAUCUGUUUCCAUAAUCAUGCCGGCAAUUUCGGCUCCUACUCCAUGUUGGGGGAAGCCCUGUUCUACAGAAACACAGCGUCCAGUCUUUUUGAUGGAUGCGAAAAUAGUUUCACGGUCGAUGGGGCGAAUGGACAAGAGAUUGAUGACCUCGGCCGAAAUCCCCUUGGCCGCCAAUUCGUCGGCGGCCUCCAGGCACUUGCCAACUUCUUUGCUGUAGGAAAUGAUGGUAACAUCGGUUCCCUCUCGCUCGAUCUUGGCCUUACCGAUCUCGAUCACAAAGUCCUUGGAUUGGGCUUCGUCGGACAUGGGGAAGGAAACACCGUACAUCAAUUCGUGUUCCAAAACCAUGACUGGGUUGGGAUCCCGAAUGGCGGCCUUGAUCAGUCCCUUGGCGUCCUCACUGGAAUAGGGAGAGACAACCUUAAGACCGGGGAUGGCUCCGAACCAAGCGGCAAAACACUGCGCGUGCUGGGCGGCGGUACCGGCACUGUAUCCGUUGGGACCACGGAAGACAAUGGGAACGGCCAGGUCUCCCCCACUCAUAUAAUAUUGUUUGGCCGCACUGUUGACAAUGUGGUCGAUAGCCUGCAUACUGAAAUUGAUGGUCAUGAAUUCGACGACCGGUCUGAGGUCCUGCAGGGCGGAUCCGACUGCCAUCCCUGUGAAUCCGGCCUCUGUGAUGGGUGUGUCGAUGACACGCUUUUCUCCGUACUUUUGGUAAAGGCCCUUGGUGACCUUGUAGGCACCCUGGUACUGGGCGACUUCCUCUCCCAUGAUGAAGACGGCUUCGUCGCGCUCCAUUUCUUCGUCGAGUCCCUCAUUGAUAGCCUCGCGGACCGUCAUCUCCUUUGUUGCAAAUCCUCGGACGAAAGCAUUCUUUCCACGGGCCUAUUUGUUUAUUGAUUGUCAUUGUUUAUUUUUGUAUGGUGUUGUGUCCGUGUUGUACCGUAGCGCGCCGGAUUGUGUUUGAUUGAAUGUCAUUCAAUUGCGUUUUUGGAUGUUUGUUUUCAUGGGGUUUGAUUCGUCAUGAUGCAUUUUAUACGUAUUCAUAUUUUUGGUUCGUUUUUAUUGUCGUUUGGUCGAGAUGCAAAUAAUUUUCCAGUUAUUAG